AUGAAUCUGUCAUUGUACACAGCUAAAACAGCCUACAGAUUCUUGAGCUCCAAAGCUACAUGUUGCUCUCAAAUUACUACAAAAAGCAUGGUGAAAACUUGUAGGAGUGAACUCACAAGCACUAAAAAUCCUAAAGUAAAGUUAACAGACCAACAAAAUGAAAUCUUGGAAGCCAUUUCAAUUGGGAAUUCUGUUUUCAUUACUGGUUCUGCAGGGACUGGAAAAACCUAUUUACUUCAGCAUAUUAUCACUAAACUUAGGAAGAUUCAUGGGAAAUCUCGGGUUUUCGUAACAGCCUCAACUGGAGUUGCUGCUUGUGCCCUUAAUGGGCAGACUCUUCAUUCUUUUGCUGGAAUUGGUCUUGGUGAUGCUAGUGAUGUGGAUUUGCUAUCCAGAGUUACAUUGGAUAAGAGAGCGUUUCGAAGAUGGAAUAAAGUUAGGGCCUUGGUUAUCGAUGAAAUUAGCAUGAUUAGUGGUGAGAUUUUUGAUAAUCUUGAGUUUAUCGCGAGGAGCAUCAGAAGUGAAGAACUUGGUUGUGAGGAAAAGAUUUGGGGUGGCAUACAAUUAGUUGUAAGUGGAGAUUUCUUUCAGCUUCCACCAGUUAUCAAUAAGAAGGGAACAAAAAAGGAAUUUGCCUUUGAAGCUGAUUGUUGGAAUGCUAGUUUUGACAUGCAAAUUGAACUUAAAAUGAUAUUUAGGCAAUCAGAUGCACAGCUGAUAAAACUGUUGCAAGGAAUUAGGAAAGGGAAGUAUGAUUCUGAGGAUUUGAAGUUAUUGGAUCAAUGUUGCUCAAAGGUGGAGCCAGAUUCUUCAGCUGUUCAGCUUUACCCAAGGAUUGAUGAUGUGAGCAAAGUGAAUGCCGAGCGACUCGACUGUUUAGAUGAGGUACUAAUUCAUUAUCAAGCUCUUGACAGUGGUAAAGAUCCUUGGAAGAAGCAGCUUAAGCAUGGAAUUGCACCUGAGUUGAUCAAGUUGUGUGUCGGAUCUAGGGUGCUUUUGACAAAGAAUAUUGAUGUUAUUGGUGGACUCGUGAAUGGUGCUACUGGUACAAUCUUAGAGUUUGCUGUUGUUCAAGAUACUCAUAAAUCAUAUGACCAUGAGAUUUCUGACGUUUGCAGCAGUGGUAACCUGCUACCUGUUGUUAAAUUUGAUUCCGGGCAAGAACUGAUGAUUGGUCUAGAAAGAUGGUAUGUAAUGGAGGGAGAUGUAGCGGUUGCCAUGCGAAAGCAAAUUCCCCUCAUACUGGCUUGGGCUCUAAGCAUUCAUAAAUGUCAAGGGAUGACUCUGAACAGCCUCCAUACAGAUCUCUACCGGGUGUUUGGCUUUGGGAUGGUUUAUGUUGCUCUUUCGCGUGUUAAAAGCUUGGAUGGCCUUAAUCUAGUCAAUUUCAAUCCGUCAAAGAUCAAGGCAAACCCCAAGGUUUUGCAGUUCUACGAAAGAUUGUCUGAUGAAAAAGAUGAACCAAAAGAAGACGGUGCGACUGAUGAGAUUUAA